AUGCUCGAAGGCCUGCGGACCGCCGUAGACUCGUCGCCCAAGUGUCUGCUAGCGGCCUUUUUGACAGCGACGCUUGCGGUCGCGCGUCACCAUGGCAACGCCGCCGAGACGUCGGCGGCGACCAAUAGGCUUGGCGACAAUUGCAGUGCGGUGUUUGAAGAGGGAUCAGCAUGGGUAAAAUGGAGGGACAACGGACCCGCCAUCCAGCCCGACCAGGGAGCGCCCUACUGCGUCAUACAGCAUUUCGACAAAGACCGGACGCACGAGUGCCUGGAGCGGCGGUUCCAGCGCGCGCUGCAGCGGUACAAGGCCAUCUUCAUCGGCGACUCCAGGGCCAGAAACUUGUUCGCCUUCGUCAGCCCCCGCAUAGGCGCAGACAGGGAGAUUCGCCGUGGAAAAGACAACUGCUUGGAGAGAUUCAACAGAACCUACGAGCCAGGAGAGACACCACAUGGCAGAGACCACUGGUGCAGCUACAAACAAGAAGGCGACCUUGUUACUUCGACAUACCUGUCCCGUAACCAAAUGGACGACAAGUACAUGGACAGCGUGCGCCAGCUACUGCGCAGCUGCCAGCUGGCCAGCUGUCCGGACCUGCUGCUGGCCAACGGCGGCAUGCACACCGUGUGGCGUUUCUAUCACGACAGCGCGGUGCGCGGGCUGCAGCUGUUCGGCCGUCAGAUGGAGCAGCUGGCGCCGCUGCUGGACCAGCUGGCCCAGCUGGGCGUGACGGUGGUGUGGGCCUUGAAUGAGCCGAUGAUGGAAGACGCUGGCGGAGGCUUCGUACGGAUGCACCCCGAGAUCGUGUGGCUGAUGAACCAGGUUGCCGUCUCCAUUCUGAGGCGGUACCCUGGUGUGCACAUCUGGUCCUCCCCAUCUGCCCGUCGCCAUCUGUGGGGCUUCCUCUGCCACGACCAGAUCCACGUGGGUGACUACGCGCUGGAGAACUACAAGGACAUCCUGCUGAACAGCAUGUGUGACGGCAUGGUGGCGAUGCCGGACAGCAACUGCCUGCGGCAUGCGCUUCUGACGGGGAGGAUCUUCGGAGGUGUUGCCACGCUGGACACAUCUUCGGCGGAGUGCCACGCUGGUCAGGAUCUUCUGUGGAGUGCUACGCUGGUCAGGAUCUUCAGCGGAGUGCCACGCUGGAGAGGAUUUUCGGCGGAGUGCCACGCGGGCAGAAGCUUCGGCGGAGUGCCACGCUGCGGCCGAAUCUUCGGCUGA